GAGAGAGAGAGUAAAUUUAAAUGGAAAUGGAAGAAGACGAUGGGAAAAAGUCUUCGCCAGAACAUUGAAUAUCUAAAACCAUCCUUCUAUGAAGAUUUCACUCUUAAACCUCCCAAAAAAGAACAAAUCCCAGAAAACCUUUCCAAUUUCUGAAUUUACCCACUAACGCCUUGAGGAAGUCAUUGGCAACUCCUUCAAUCACAACCCAAUGCCAAAGCACCUUUGUCGAUGAACGCCAAAGAAGAGAAGGUUUUUGUCGCUAUCGGGAACGAUCUUCGAGAUGGGUUCAAGACCUUGGGAUGGACUCUAAGGAAAUGGAAGUCUCACCCAAUUUCAAUAGUGAUUCUUCAUGUCUCCUACAACAAUUCCAUGGAAUACGUUCACACUCCAUUUGGGAAGCUGCCUGUGAGUUCUGUAAGUGAGGAGAAAGUGGAAGUUCUAAGGAGAUAUGAGCAGGAAAAGAUCAACAAGAUACUCUCUAAAUAUGUGGAAUUCUGUGGCAAGGUAAGAGCAGAGAUUCUCAAAGUUGAGAAAUCUGAUAAACCUGUUCAUAAGCUCAUUGUUGACUUGGUUUCAGAACUGGGAAUAACCAAUUUGGUCAUUGGUUUCACAUUCAUGAAAUCUUCAUCUUGGAAGCCAAAGAAUGCUAUUAGUGGUUCGUUUUACAUUUAUAGGAACAAGGCCCAUUUUUGCGAGUUAUAUGUAAUAUGGGGAGGAAAACAGGUAUUUCUCAGAGACGAAAGAAUCAUGGAAGAUGAAAGCGGUGUAAGGAUCUCUAAAAUCAGCACUAAGCAUUCGUUAAAGGGUUGGCUGGGAAAGAUGUUCGUGGAAGACCCAACCUAUUUCUCAGACAGGAAUUUGAGUCUCUCGUCUUCUUCACCACAUAGUUCAAAUUCGAUGAGCUCUCAAAAUUAUUGGGACCAUAAUGUUCAAGAACUAGAGAACUACUAUGAGGAAUUACUUUCAUUGAAUGUGCAGGAAGAAGAAGACUGUGAGCAGGAUCAAGAUGGUGUCCUUGAAAAUUCUAGUUCAACCCGGUUCAAUAUUCUGGAUUAUCUGGAUUCAAACAUGAAUCCUGAGGAAAGAAUUGAGCACCUGCGAACUAAAAUUGAGGAAGCUCGCAAGAGCAUCCAGUUGAUGAGAGAUGAAGCAAAGGGUAGUUCUGAAAGGCAAGCUAAAGCAGAGUGGGCCAUUAAUUUGUGCAGUCAGCGGACUGACGAGCUUGAAGCUAAGAUAAAAGAAGAGGUUACAAUUAGGGAAGACUUGCAAAAAGAAUUGGAUUCUGCAAAAGAAUACAUCCUUGAAAUAGUAGCCGAUAUCGAGGAAAGCAAGACCAGAUUAAGUUCACUUCUCAAACUCCAAGCUGAAUUAUCAAGCAAGCUACAAAUUUCCACAGCAGAAAAAUCACGUUUAGAGGCUCAAUUGGAGAAGACAGCAAAAACAAAAAAGGGGAUGGUGAGAGCAAUCGAGGAGCUGAGAAGACAAAGAGAGAUUCUUCACCGGAGAAUUGAGUUCUGUAAAGAUAGAGAUGCCAUUGGAAUGGGCGAAAGGUCAAUCGAAGUGUCUUGUAGUACAAGAGUGUACACGGUGGAAGAGAUCACCUUGGCCACAGAUAACUUUUCAGAACAAAUGAGAUUGAGUUCCCGAGUGUAUAGAGGACGUAUCAACCAUUUGUCAGUUGCAAUCCAGAUGAUCACCUCAGGAAAUCGUCUGUCAGAAGACGAUUUCCAAUCUAAGGUGGAGCUUUUAAGCCAUAUCCAUCACCCUCAUCUGAUUGCCAUGAUAGGAUUCUGCCCUGAGCUCAAAUGCAUUGUCUUUGAUUACAUGCAUAGUGGUAGCUUAAGUGACAGACUACUUCCUUCCAAUUCCAACAAGAGAUCCAAGAAAAUCUGUCGCCCUCUCAUGUGGAGCGAAAGAAUCCGUAUAGCUUCAGAGGUAUGCUCAGGCCUGAGCUUCCUUCACCAGGCUCAACCUCAACCCAUUUCUCAUGGCAAGCUCACCCUGUCCAAAAUUCUCCUAGACCAAAACCUUGCUGCGAAAGUCACUGGUUUUGGGCUCGACGAAUUGGAUGAAGGUAGAGGUAUUGAGUUGGACAUCCGAGCUUUUGGGGCUCUGUUGCUACACAUUGUAACUGGGAGGACUGGGGCAGGGCAGAUUGAGGAGGUAUUGUCAAUGGGUAAGGUGGGUCUGGUCCAGAUUCUAGAUGAAAAAGCUGGACAGUGGCCAUUGAGCUUGGUUGAUCAUCUACUUGAUCUGGCUUUGAGAUGUGCAACUCCAAAUGGUUCCAGUUCAGAUGUUAAAUUGGGAACGGUCAUGGAAGAGAUCGAUGAGAUCAAGAGGAAAGCAGAUGAUCUGGUUGUGGGAAAUGGAAAGAAAGUGGAAGUUAUUGAAGGUGCAGAUGCAGCUAAUGAGGACGUAGAUGAUGUGCCAAGAAUCUUCAUCUGUCCCAUCUUGCAGGAAGUGAUGAAGAACCCACAUGUGGCAGCAGACGGGUUUUCGUAUGAGCUAGAGGCCAUAGAACAAUGGAUAGGAGCAGGACACGAAACAUCACCAAUGACCAACUUGAAGCUGCAACACCCUUAUCUCACCCCUAAUCAUACUCUUCGCUCUCUAAUUCAGGACUGGCAAAAUGAGAACUCAAAUGUUUAAACAUUUUAGCCACUAAUAUUAGAAUGUACACUAGAAAAUAGACGAGUUUUUCUGAUUUUCUUUCUUUAUCUCUCUACUCAAUUCUGUAAAACCCAGUAAGCCAAGGCACGGGACUGUUCAUAUUCAAGAUCUCUACCGUCCCUCCCCAAAUCUUUAUGAAGAGCAAUAGUAUUUUACUUCUC